GGUGCAUAAAUAGGCGAUAAGAGAAAAGUGGUAUCGAUAACAAUCAAACGGUGCAUAAAUAAGAGAAAAGGAGUAGUAUCGCACUUGUUUACUAUCUAAAUGGAAGGGCAAAAAGUAAGGUUGCUGGGAGCAUGGGGUAGUCCCUUUGUUCACAGAGUUGAACUGGCCCUCAAACUCAAGGGAAUUGAGUAUGAGUUCAUUGAAGAAGAUCUCAAAAACAAGAGCCCCCUUCUCUUGGAGUCUAACCCUGUUCACAAGAAGAUCCCUGUGCUCAUUCAUGGCAAUAAUCCCGUGUCCGAAUCAACGGUGAUUUUGGAAUACAUAGAUGAAACAUGGCCUGAAAUUCCCAUUUUGCCAAAGGAUCCAUAUGAGAGGGCCCAAGCUCGUUUCUGGGCUAAGUUCAUCGAUGAUAAGUGCCUGCCUGUCUCUUGGAUAGCUUUCACUACGCAAGGGGGACAACAAGAGAAGGCUCUCAAGGAGGCCCAAGAGUGCAUAAAAACCCUAGAAGCAGCCCUAAAGGCGAAGUUUUUCGGCGGAGAAACAAUCGAUUACGUCGACGUUGUCGGAAAUUUUUUAGGCUAUUGGAUGAGAAUAUUAGGGGAAGCUGCAGGUAUUCAGUAUUACGAUGCUGAGAAAGCACCAGUCUUCCAUUCAUGGAUAGAAGAAUUCACGAGCGUUGAUGUUGUAAAGGAAAGCCUUCCAACUCAUGAUAAGCUUCUUGCUUACUUUAAAGGUCAUCUUGAGGCCUUACACUCUACCUCAACUUCCUCCUAAUCAAGGCCACCGGUUUUUACUUAAUUGUUGUUUGCCGUCAAAAUGUAUUGAGUAAAAUAUGAGACUUGGGUGUUUCGGCAUGAAUUGCUUUCAUGCUCUAUAUCUACUAUUUCAUUCCUUUGUUGAGUUAUAAAUGAGAUGUCCAUCAUUAAAUUUCU